AUGUGCAUAGCUCAGAAUAUAGAAACAAAAGGGGGAAGCUGCUUACAUGAUCAUAUCAGAAAUUUUCUAGUGUGUAGAAUAGCGCUAAAACCUAAGUAUUGGGUGCAGUCUUCCGUGAACAAUUUAAUCGAUUGUUUGUUGUGUACGUUGAGGUUUGUUUCAUCAAGGUCAGUACAUUUGUUAGAUUCCACGCGGCCAGAUGCCUCGACAAGUGGACAACAUAAAGGAGUUCCUUCGAAUGACACAGAGAGCGGACGCCAAAUAUCAAAGAAAAUAAAGACAAUGUCAAGUUCAAAAUUCGUUGCAGUCGGUUUUUAUAUACACUUGUGGUCGUUGAAAAAGAAAAAGUUGGAAAGAUUAAGCGUUCACUUCCUCCAAAUCUCACUGUCAAAGAACUGUAAUAUGCUACUGAACAAUAAAUAA